AGACAGAGGGAGAGGAGGAGACAGACAGGAAAAAACAAAGAUGGCAGUGUAGACCAAGGGGCGAACUAUCGAGAAGACGCUGCAAAGAACUAUCAACUUUCAGCCUUUCGGGCAAGACUGUAGUUUGUUGUAGUGGCUCGGUCCUGUUCGGAAGGUGGACCGGGCGCAAGGAGCCCAAUUGGGUCGCAAAGAGCGGCUGUGUGCGUGCUGUCACGGCAGAUAACGGCGUCAACAGCGCGCAGUCACUAACAACAGACUGUUGUUUUGUUAAGGCAUCGCAAAGCUGUGUCUCACAACCUGCUAAAGCUAGGGAAAAAGCUACAAAUAUUGAUCUAGAACUGUAGUGAAACGCCACAUCUGCUCUUUGUACAUAUGCGGUUUACUUUCCUCAGAAGUGGUUCGAUUUUUGUCAAGAAAUACAUAUGAGUCGCAGCCUAUUAUUAAGAAAUACUUUAUACACAGUUGGUUUCAUUGUUUGCUGCUUAGCAGUUCCGUUUUUGUAGUCUAUCAGUUCAGACUGUUCCUGCGCUCCACACAUCCUAGUGGCUCGUUUCAAUCAAACACGGAUGUCUUCGAUGGAAGAGCGGGGGGAACUGGCAGUAGGGGCCGCCCCGGGAUCCUCUUCGGCUGGGCUUGGCGUCGGACCAGUUGGGGGCGCCCUGGAUGCUGGACCGGGGAGCGCUGGUCUGGCUGGUAUUCAAGAAGAGCCUGGCGUACGGAGAGACGGUGCUGCUUCUGAGGCCGACGCAGACGCACCACCCAAGAAACGCGUGAGACUGCAGGAGGGAGAAGCCGGCAAACUCGAGGAGCGUUUGUAUUCCGUGUUGUGCUGCACGGUAUGCCUAGAUUUGCCCAAAGCCUCAGUCUACCAGUGUACAAAUGGCCACUUGAUGUGUGCGGGAUGCUUCAUCCACCUGCUAGCGGACGCGCGACUGAAGGAAGAGCAGGCCACAUGUCCCAACUGUCGCUGUGAGAUCAGUAAGAGUCUGUGCUGCAGGAAUUUGGCAGUAGAAAAAGCAGUGAGUGAACUACCCUCAGACUGCAGCUACUGCCUCAAACAGUUUCCCCGCUCCAGCCUGGACCACCACCAGUCCGAGGAGUGCCAGGACAGAGUGACACAAUGUAAGUACAAGCGGAUUGGUUGCCCCUGGCAGGGGCCGUUUCACGAGCUCAGCGCCCAUGAGGUGGAGUGCAGCCACCCGUCCAAGACUGGUAUCGAACUCAUGGGCAUACUGGAUGAGAUGGACCAGAGCCAUCGUAGGGAGCUGCAGCUCUAUAACAGCAUCUUCAGUCUGCUCAGCUUUGAGAAGAUCGGAUUCACAGAGGUGCAGUUCCGGCCGUACCGCACAGAUGACUUCAUCACGCGCCUGUACUAUGAGACGCCACGCUUCACCGUGCUCAACCAGACGUGGGUGCUGAAGGCACGAGUCAACGACUCAGAGCGCAACCCAAAUCUAUCGUGCAAGCGCACGCUCUCCUUCCAGCUCAUCCUGAAGAGUAAGGUGAACUCGGCACUGGAGUGCUCCUUCUUGCUGCUCAAGGGUCCGUACGACGACGUUAAGAUCAAGCCUGUGAUUCAGCACCACGUCUUCUCCAAUGACGCCAACGAGACAGAGUACGCGCCUCUUCCCAUCAGCGACAGCGUGGAGUGCAACAAGCUGCUGGCCGCCAAGAACAUCAACCUGCGCCUCUUCAUAUUCCAGAUCCAGAAAUAGAGAGGCUGGGCAAAGCAGCCAGAGAGGAGGAAGGGGGAGGAGCUGGUGAAAGGAGGCAUGGAGGGGCGGAGUGAAGAGGGGGAAAGGGAGAGCCGGCGUCAACGAAGCACACAUACCUCGACAAGAAGAAGGAUGAGAGAGAGAUCUUAAUAGAAGUGAUCCAUCAGAGCUGCAGUAGUUUUUUUUGUUUGUGUGUGUGUGUGUGUGUGUGUGUGUGUGUGUGUGUGUGUGUGUGUGUGUGUGUGUGUGUGUGUGUGUGUGUGUGUGUGUGAAAAAGCGAAAGACAGAUUAUAUGUGAUUAAUGGAAAUGCUUUCAUAUCCUCUGUGGUCCAAAGUGAGUCUCUAUUUCAUCGGUGAUCUGAACCAGCGCCACGCAGACCCACUGCUAGUUAAAAUUAUUGCAGGACAGGCCUGAAUGGACACCAACAUGGGGGCGUAUGUAUGGGCAUGUGUGCACAUGUGUGCAUGGGGCUGUGUGCAUGCAUGUGUGUGUCAUGGAUGUGUGUGCAUGCAUGUAUGUAAUGUGUGUGAAUGUGCAAGAUAACCCUAAUAGAGGCACUACGGAUGAGCCAACUAUCUCAGCACGAGUGUGUGCUUAUGCGUGUAAACUUUCUUGCAACUGUGAGACAGAGAUAGGUUUGUUGGAGGUAUAAUCCAGGAUUAACUGGGUUUGUUUAUUGUUGAUCUGCCUAUAAUUUAGGCAGUGUUAUUCAAGACAUGCUGUGGUACUGUACAUGUGUGUCCAGGCAGUGUUCCCUCCUGCUCAGAACCCUCCACUCAAGACUGACACACACACACACACACACACACACACACACACACACACAAAAGACUGACGCUCACACACGCGCGCACACCCACAUGCUCGCAGGUGCAAACACGUACACACAAAAACAGUCAGCAGAAAAAAGACUGCACCUGCUUUAAAUGUAUUUUUAUAAGUGAAGGCAGACAUUUUACUUGAGGCAGCAGGUCAAAUAGGCUAAGCAAAAUGAAUGCUGACCUCUAAACCUAAAGAUGAGAUUUUGCAUGUUUUCAGUUUUCUUCUUGGUGCGUUCUCAGGAGCGCAGUUAGACCAGUAGCAUUAGAGUCUUGUAAUCUAACUUAAGUUUUACCUUUUUAACACGUUUAUUUAAGAACCUGUGAAAUGUACCUUUAUAUCUUCUUAGAGUUUGAUUUGUCAUUUCAUAUUUUUUCUCUUGCUCCUACAAGAACACACCCAACCCCCACACACAGAGUCCCAUCUCUUAGUAGGGUGUUAUAAUGGCAUCAGCUAGCCCAUCUCUAUUUUUAACCUUUUUUUUUUUAAACCUCCACUCAUUACCACUGGCAACAGAGACUCUACUUACCAUGGAAACAGACUGGACAUAUAACAAAACCUAACUGGGAACCACUGUUACUGCCCUUACCUACAUACACUCAAAACAUACAUGCGCACACACGAGCGCGCACACAUGAGCACACAGAACCAGGGAAGCAGAAGGCCAGGGUCGGUUUAAUCAAAUCCCAGUGAGGUUGAACUCAGCUGUAACUUAUCAGUUUAGACAUACUUGAAUUCUUGUAGGAGAAAAAGACGUUGGAGCUGAUCUAGACUGUGCUUUUGGAAUCAAGGAGUCUAGUUUGAACCCGUUUCUGUUUUUAAAAGCUUUUAAUUCUCACAUUACACUCUUGCUGUAUUUGUGCCUUUCUAUUAAAGCUCAUCUAAACUGAA